UUUAUCAGUAUAGAACGAAGGGCUGAGCAUUUACUUUCGGAAAUUAUUGGUUUUGCCAUCGUUCAAAGCUGACAUUUGGCUUCUUGAACUUUUAAAAUGUCCAAGCUUGACCAAGUCUUGAAUCUUGACCCGUCAAUCGAGCUGCGAUUUAAAGGUCCUUUCACAGAUGUGGUGACGUCCGAAUUAACCUUAUCGAACCCAACAGACAAACGAGUAUGUUUCAAAGUAAAGACAACAGCGCCAAAGAAGUAUUGUGUGCGACCAAACAGCGGCAUCAUUGAGCCGGGCACGUUCGUCAAAGUUGCGGUCAUGCUCCAGCCAUUUGACUAUGACCCACAUGAGAAAAAUAAGCACAAGUUCAUGGUUCAGACGAUGUUUGCUCCCAGUGGCCCCAUUGACAGUGUCGAGAAUCUGUGGAAGGAAGCGUCAGCAGAAAGUCUUAUGGACUCAAAGUUACGGUGCGUGUUCGAAAUGCCACCAGAUGCAGCCCAGAAUAAUCUUGACUCGAGUGUAGAAGAUCCUAGUACGAAAGUGAAUGCCCCCAAGGUUUCAUCAGCCACUCCAGAAAAACAACCAUUAAAAGGUGGUAAUUCAGAUCCUGAGCUACGAAAAGCUUUAGACGAUUGCAGAAGGUUACAGGCAGAUGUUAACAAUUUACGACAAGAAAAUGCAAGUUUAAAGGACAGCGAAACACGUCUUCGUAAGGUAGCCAUGUCAGAAACAGUAUCAUCGGCGCGUCCUGCCCACGACAUGGCGCAAGCACAGGCACAGGCUAAUCAAAUACCACCAGUCGUGCUGCUCAUCGCAGCCCUUCUCCUCGGUUUAUUUAUUGGCAAAUUUAUCCUUUGAAACAAAACACAAACCAGCCCUUCCAAGUUUCGAGAACAUGGACAACAUAAGAAGACAAAAACAAGGGAUUAUUAUUUAAGGGUUUCGUGCAUUACAUACACUUGUCUUGGACAUUUUGCAUGUGUCAAAACCUCUCAUGCAGGAGUUUUUUCGAGCUUUUUAAGAUUAGUCCUCCUGGGGUGGAAUUCCCUCAUUAUGUGUAAACUGAUGCCGAAGGAUAGUCAUGCACCAAUCGGCACUGAGAGGUUAAGCAUGUCCCGUAGAGGUAUCUUCAGAGGCCCUGUAUAUAAGUUGUUUUAUCGUAAUAACAGAUAUUCAUCUGGCGAUAAAACGCCUAGAUUCUUAUAGACAUGCGAAGGAUAUACUUCAUCAAUUAAAGUGUAUUUUCAAGCUUGGGGUGGUAAUUGAGAAUACAGCUUGGUUCAAUUUGGUCUUAAUUUAACACAUUUUUCUCUGUAAACUUCAGAUGUAAAAAGGACUAAUACUUCGGCUCAGUUUGAAAGGAUGCUAUAAAUCAUAUUGUACAUGUAAAUUGCUAAAUAGCCAGAAUGGUCCAGCUUGUGUAUUAAACAUGAUAACAAUGAUUGAUUACAUGUUUUUUUAGACUGAUAAGGGUCUUUUCUAUUUGACAGUUUUAAAUCUUUGAGGUUACAUGUGUACCUCAGUGCAGAUGCAAACAUUACUUUUUGUGUAAAAUGAUUUGAUCAUAAAUCUCCUUAAUGAUAAUGGUUGCCCAUUGAAAGCAUGCUGAUUUGGUGAAAUCUGUGUUAAAUAAUACUAAUGCUUAGUGGAAGGAGGUCUUUCCUCACUGAAUGCAUCUGCAUUUAAAGAUAAAUCACUGUAUAUAAUCGCCCUAUGACCUUUAUUUCCACCUCUAAGUCGUCUCAACGCAGACAUUUCAAGAAGUAACACUUGGCAUGUGUUGCUGGACAGACAAUUUAAAAUCCCCACCUGGUGUUUUGGGAAGAUCAAGAUAGAGUCCAUGCUCUGUUUCAACAAUUGCAGAGCAAUGCCUGACUACAAUUUUCUACGUGUAUGAUAUGUGCUUGUAUUAUGAAAUGCAGCUUCUUGUGUCAUGCGUAAAUAUUGCAUUUUUGACUGCAAAUUAUAUUCCUGCGAUUAUAUAUAUGUACAUGUACCUAUUGUAAUCUAGUAGCAGGUCAAACCCUAUGCCCUUCUUGCAGUUUCCCACGGCUCUCUGCCGAUUGGCGAUUGUUUAAUAGUUUAAGACUCUAGAACUACUAAACUGAACUUGUUUCACUUCUAUCUAUUUCUGAAGGACUAACAUAUUUAGGAAACAUCUCGUAAAACUAAUGUGCUUCUUGGCAGGAUCUUUGUAUGAUAUGUUGGUAAAGUUACUGUAUAGGACUUAUUUACGUAUAUCUUGUCUAUCUUUCCAUGAUAACUUCCCAAUCAUUGGUUGGAGUUACAUCGGGGGUGUAUUUAUAGUUGUGGAUUGGCGCUUUUCUCCAGGCAUGGACAUAGCAUAGAGAUUAAAAUACGAUAGUGGACAAAUCUGCAAUUUUCACAUUGCUUUAUAAACUUCACUAAUUCAAAUGUGUCCAUACUUAUAUCUAGACAAUGACUUGAGCAUUUGUUAAGGGAGCCAAGAUUGUGUACAUAGUAUACUUGUACAAAUGUAUGCUGAUUCUCCCAUGAGUAAAUAUUUAUUUCUUGGUGGAAUGGUGGGCUAAAAUGUGGCGUACACUUGCAACUAAAUCAAAGGAGGCAGUCAGUCAAUGCAUCAGAAAUUGGUACUGUUCUUUCGACAGGUCAAAAACAAGAAAUUUACGAUUGGUCCGAUUGUCCUCCUGGAUUAAGUUGCCUGUGUGCACCAUACUAAACGGAGGAGGUUUAUGUGAUUUAUUGCCGUAAUAAGCUCCCGAUUGUGGCGAUUCUAUUUAUUAUUUGCUGGGUUUUAUGAAUGUUUUUAUUAGUUUUUUGGUUGACCCCUGCCCAGUGUGUUUCCCAGGAAAAUGGUGUUGUGAUCAGUGCAAGAGAUAUCUGAUGUCAGAUUUGAAAAGCCUCUGAAAACUUGUCGCAAAGUGGCCCAAAUUAUUACUUUGGGCAACUGUGAUUUAUGUAAAUUUAUGACAAGAACUCAAAUUGAAGCAUAGAUGUAAAGAUACCACUUUGGAGUAUAUGCCCAUGGGUUGAGAAAAAUAUCGGUCUCUGUGGAGAUCUUCAUCAAGAUAUCCCUCUAUGCUGACAAGGUUGAAGAAAUAGACAAGUUAAGGGCACGCUUUGUAAUACGAUGAUUAUCAUACGAAAAUUUGCUUUGUAUCAUCUGAAUGGCUAAUAAUGACCAAUCCUAUAACUGAAUGAAAGUUUCAAUCUGUGACUAAGUUUGAUUGACUUUUGUUUAAGAGUGCCCAACCUAAGUAGUGGUGUGAACGCUGGUUACUUUUAUGCAUUUUUUUUGCAUAAAAAAUGAUGAAGCAGUUUGUGAAGCUCCCCUACUCUGGCGACCUAAACAUCUUGAACGUUUAGUCAAACUUUGCCAUGGUCGGCAUAAAUGUUUGAGGGUGUAAUCAAGAAUACUACUUAGUACUAGUCUAUUUUUGAUCGGUCUCUUUUUAUGUUUGUAUCAGGUUAACCAUUAUUUAAUUGUAUGUUUUCUAUGUGUGGAUUGAGGCCAUUUCAUAGAAUAUUUGAGUAACUACAACGCAAUGUGCAUUUCAUGCAUUUAGUAAUUUGCAGAAAAUGUGAUUUUUCAAUGCCACUGGUUCUAUCCAUUUCUUGUGUGCUGUGGUAGAAGAGGCGAUCUCUCACUACUCUUCUAAAUGCUCAUUCUUAGCUAACAUACACUUCUUGGGGCUGCAAAAAUACAACAUAUGACUCUUUUGAUCACCAUCUAAGCCAUGGCAUUGUUUCCAAUGAAAAGGCAGUCCUUAUAUGAUGAUACGUACAGUCGCUCCGUGGCCGGCUGACUGAAACAGCAAUAAUAGGAUCUUCAAUGUUAGUCCAUUAAUGAGUUGAGCUAUCCGACUUAUAAACUCAUGAGGUCCUGAUUGAUAUGACAGUGCCAUUUUGUUACCAUAAUACUGUUUUUGCAGCCAGGGGGAUGUGUAAAAUGAGGUUUAGGAGUUCACUGUACACCUAGGAUCGAGUUUGUCAGUUACAGUUAGAUCAAUUGGGUGUGCAUUAGAUUUGAUUUAAUUUGAUCAACAUAAAAGGUCUACUCUGUUCCUUCAUGUUGGGUUUAUGCCUGACAAAUAGUUGUUAUUACAACAGACAUGUAAUACUUCAAAAAUAUAAUAAAAUUGGAAAAAUA